UCCCAGUGUGUGUGUGUGGAUCCAAGCAGCUUGCAGACAGGUGGCCGCCAGGUAACGUGGACUUCGCCUCUCGCCAUCCCCCAUCCCACAAAGUGGUUUAAAAAACAAAAACAAUUUCGCGGAUUCCGGGAAAGAAAAACGGAGCGUGAUGUUGGCCGAGUCUUUCAACCAUUCCAGCUGGGAAGAUGUCAACGACACGUCGGUUAACGGCUCGGCCGCGUCUUUGAACAUCAGGUCGAGCCAGGUGCUGACUUCGGCUACUAUGUUCGCCGUCGGAGUGGUGGGCAACCUGAUCGCCAUCGUGGUGCUGUGCGUCUCCAAGAAGGAGCAGAAGGAGACCACCUUCUACACCUUGGUGUGCGGGCUGGCGGUCACCGACCUGCUGGGCACCUGCUGCACCAGCCCGGUGGUGAUCGCCACCUACCUGACCCAGCAGUGGCCGGGGGGACAACCGCUCUGCCACUUCUUCUCCUUCUCCAUGCUCUUCUUCGGCUCGGCGGGCAUGACCAUCAUGUGCACCAUGUCCAUCGAGCGCUAUCUGGCCAUCAACCACGCUUUCUUCUACGGCCGCUACAUCGACAAGGGACUGGCCAGGCUUGCUCUGAUGGGAAUCUACUUGCUCAAUCUGGUCUUCUGCAUCCUGCCCUUCUUCGGCUUGGGGAGCAACGCCCGGCAUUUCCCCGGGACCUGGUGCUUCCUGGACUGGAGGGCCAACAGCACGGUGGGGGCUACCUACUCCUACAUGUACGGGGGCUUCAGCGCCCUCCUGAUCCUGGUGACAGUGCUGUGCAACCUCAGCGUGUGCGGCACCUUGAUCAGUAUGAGGAAGAGGUCGGUGGGUAGAGGCGAUGCCGCCGCCACGGGGAGUUCCAGAGGCCGUCGCUUCCCGAGUCUCGCCGCGUCCGCCGCCGAGAUGCAGAUGUUUUGGCUGCUGGUUUUCAUGACCAUCGUCUUCUUGGUCUGCUCCAUCCCUUUGGUGAUACGCAUUUUCAUCAAUCAGCUGUAUGGGCCUGCUCAAAUCCUAGCUGGGGAGAACCUGGACUACCGCAGUGACAUUCUGGCCAUCCGUUUUGCUGCAUUCAAUCCGAUCCUGGAUCCUUGGGUGUACAUCCUGUGCCGGAAGAAGCUACUCACCAUGGGUUGCGAGCGGUUGAAGCGAACAGUUGGCGCUGCAAAGGACAGUCAAGCACGCAGGGUGGGCUGGGUCAGCAGUCAGCAGACACCACUCUCAUACACCAACAGCAUUGGCACCAGCUACGCUUCACUCCGAGCAAACGACAAAACCAAGCCGCUGCACAGAGAAGACAGCCAGGGGGCCGAUGCCAUGACUCACUCUUUCACAGACUUUACAAACCAGCAAGCAUGGGGAACUGUGCCUCAUCCUUUCAGCAUUCCCCAUGAGAACCAUGCCUGCCACACCAGGACUCAUUUUGAGACUUCUCAGCAGACCAAAGCUAUCCUAUGCACAGUCCUGCAGGAAUCCAUGAUACCAGAUGUCAGAGCACAGAAUAACAUUAUUCUGAGCGAGGAUAGAAGAACAUUUGACAUUUUGAACUGUAGUUUCAGCACACCUUCAUCGUGUACAUCAGAAAAGUCUAUUUAAAAGGAUAGAUAUUUUAUAUAAACCAUUUAUUUAUAGACUUUGAAACAAGAGUCAGUCUCAUUUGUGGCAUAGAAAUUGUUGCUGUACUUUUCAUUGAAUGGUGUCCUGAACAUUGAAACAAACCUAUCUGGAUGUACCAACAAUAUUAAUCCUCAUAAUGAAUCUUGGUGCCCUGGUCUAUCAUGCACUUGAAUUGAUCAUAUUUAUAGCUGCAGUGUAACUCAGAUUAAUAGCAAUUAAGGUUCAAUUUUAACAUGUAUUGUCGGACAUUUUUGAUGUGGAGCUGACCUUAAAUUGGAGCCAUUAGUCCCACCUUCACAUUAACCUUGGCAAUACAACCGGAGCCACUAUGAAAGAUAGUCACUGGUCAACACUGUCAGUAUCCGCUUGCUUUUACACUCUAUCUAAUUUCAUUACACAAUUUGGGGACUGAUAAUGACUAAUUCAGUUUUGCAAUUUAACACCUGCCUGACAGACAUGGAACAAGGCAAACUUGUUUGACAUCAUAUUUAUGAGAAUUGGAGCACAUUAACAUUAUGAGCCUUUGCUACCAUAAAACUCCAUCCAUCUAUUUUGUUCUUCUCUUUCUACCAGCGAUUUUAACAAACCUCAAUUGAACCAGUCUUAUGUGGCUCCUUCAUAGCUUGUUCAUCCAGUGUUAAUGAGCUCCAAAAUUGGCAUAGCUUUCAGUUCAAAACAAGUCUCACCAAAAAUUAAGAUCAUCCCCAUUAUGUUUUAUUUUGAAAAAGCUAGGUUUUCAUUAAUGUUCAAAAAUAAAAUCCUUAAGAUUAACUAAUAUUAAUUAAAGGUCCAGAAAGCUAUACAUCAUUCAUCGGAUCACAGAGGUAACAAAGCUAAAUUAAAUGGGGUAGUUUUAUAAUAUUGUUAUCUUAAUAGUGUAACAUUUAAUAACAACUUGUCUGGGAAGAGUGAAAGAUACUUAAAGGUAGCACAAAACUAGUAUAUUCUCAACAAACUCAA